AUGGCAGGCACUUUGGAGACAAAACCCAUAGAGAGUAUCACAAAAGAUGUGACCAGGGACUGCUUGAUCAACAAGAUAUUACCUGCCAUCAAAGCCAAGUGGCCCGAUGGGGCAACUAAAGUUCUCAAGAUACAACAAGACAAUGCAAGACCGCACAUCAAAGACAAUGAUCCAGCUUUCAAAGAAGCUGCACAACAAAGUGGUUUCUCAAUAUCACUUGUGCAACAACCACCUAACUCACCUGACACUAAUGUCAAUGAUUUGGGUUGGUUCCGAGCAAUACAAUCACUGCAAACUCAGACUGCAUGCAAAAAUGUGGAUGAUUUAGUGAAUGCAGUGGUGCAAUCAUUCAAUAAAUUACAGCCACAGACUUUGGACAAUGUUUUCCUAAGUCUUCAAGGAUGUUUCAUGGAAAUCAUGAAAGUUCAGGGGCAUAACACAUACAAACUGCCCCAUAUGGGGAAAGCACAUUUAAGGAGGACUAAUCAACUUCCAAAGGAUCUAGAAGUUCCAGUGGAGCUGGCUAUGCAAACAAUUGCUUACCUGCGGGACCAAGGGAGCAACGAGGGAUUGGAGCUGAUUGCUCAGUCAUUAGGAUUAUGA